UUCACUACCAUGGUCUCCAUUCAUGUUAUAGUAACUUUCUUAGUUCUUUCCAUCCUUGUUCCAAGAUCUUACUCUUUUAAUCCUACUGUAAGUUUAUCCCCAAAAUCUGAUGUUGAUCUUCUGGAAUUUCCUCUAAACUUAGAAUAUUUGGAGGCUGAAUUCUUCUUGUACGGUGCUAGUGGUUGUGGAUUAGAUGUUGUUGAUCCUGAAUUGGCCCAAGGAGGACCUCCUCCCAUUGGAGGCAAAAAGGCCAAUCUUGAUGCAUUCACUAGAGAUGUCAUCUUGCAGUUUGCUUAUCAAGAAAUUGGACAUUUGAGGGCCAUAAAAAGAACAAUAAAGGGGUUUCCUAGGCCAUUAUUGAAUAUAAGCAAGGAGGCAUUUGCUGAAAUCAUGGACAAUGCCUUUGGAGAAUCUCUACAUCCUCCUUUUGACCCCUAUGCUAAUGUCAUCAACUACUUACUUGCCUCUUAUGUAAUUCCUUAUGUUGGCCUCACUGGAUAUGUUGGAACCAAUCCUGAAUUGCAAAACCCCACUUCUAAGAAGCUUGUUGCAGGGCUACUGGGAGUAGAGUCAGGGCAAGAUGCAGUUAUUAGAGCAAUGUUAUAUGAUUGUAGAAAUGAGCAAGUGCAUCCAUAUGGAGUGAGUGUAGCAACAUUCACAAAUCGCAUUUCAAUUCUUAGGGACAAGCUCGGAAACAAUGGUAUGAAAGAUGUUGGGCUUGGGAUGCGAAUGUUGGAAGGUCCUGAGGGCAGAGCUUUGGGAAGUGUGCUAGCUGGUGACAAAGAUUCACUUGCAUAUGGAAGAACACCUCAAGAAAUAUUGAGGAUAGUGUAUGGUGGAGGUGAUGAACGUGUCCCUGGUGGUUUCUUCCCUAGGGGAGCCCAUGGACGCAUAGCUAAAUCUUACUUAAACACUAUAAUAUAAUUAUAGUUUAUCUUGAAAGUUGAAACUGUAUGUUGCGCCUUUCUAAGAAUAAAUAAGCA